GUCGCUAUUAAAUUUGUGGCCAAGUCUACCUGCACGGAAUACAUCAGCAAGCCUGGAGAAACACAUAGCCUGCCUCUGGAGGUUGCGCUAAUGCGGAUGGUGUCCAUUGCUCCUCGCUGUGAGAACCUGGUGGAGCUACUGGACUGGUGUGAGAUGUCCGGUUGCGUCGUCUUGGUUCUGGAGCGACCCAGUCCCUGCAUUGACCUGCGUGAGUUCUGCACUCGUAUAAACAGCCCACUGUCUGAACCACUGGCUCGACUCGUCAUGCGGCAAGUGAUCCAGGCGGCUCGGCACUGCUGCGAUCGCCAGGUCCUUCAUCGCGACAUAAAACCGGAGAACCUGCUCAUCAACAUUGACACACUCAAGGUGAAGCUGAUAGACUUUGGAUGUGGUGCAUUGUUAAAAGACUCGCCCUACACGAGAUUUGCUGGAACUUCAAUAUAUUCUCCUCCUGAGUGGAUUCGAGACAGGCAGUACAUGGGGCGUCCGGCUACCGUCUGGAGUCUGGGUGUGCUCCUGUACGACCUGGUCUGCGGAGACGUCCCCUUUCAGACCACUAAGGAAAUAGCUGAAGAGGACGUCCCACUACCUCGUCAUCUGUCUAGCGACUGCCAAACACUGAUCACAUGGUGCCUGGAGAAAGACCCUCACUAUCGGGCAGCUCUGGAGGACAUCAACAACCAUGUCUGGUUUACGGACAAUCCAGAAUUUACAAACUGACAAUGCUGUGAAGAAUAUUUUUAUAAUUCUUAGCUUAAAGCGUUUGAGA